AUGCGUCCCGAAAUCGAGCAAGAGCUUGCUCACACGCUGCUGGUAGAGCUGUUGGCGUACCAGUUUGCGUCGCCCGUCCGAUGGAUUGAGACACAAGAUGUAAUCCUCGCAGAGAAGCGGACGGAGCGGAUAGUGGAAGUCGGUCCAGCAGACACUCUUGGUGGAAUGGCGAAGCGGACGCUGGCCUCGAAAUACGAAGCUUACGACGCAGCCACAUCAGUGCAGCGACAGAUUCUAUGCUACAACAAAGACGCCAAAGAGAUCUAUUACGAUGUCGAUCCAGUCGAAGACGAGCCCGAACCUACCGCAGCUCCUGCCGAGACUGGUCCCUCUGCCCCUGCACCGGCUGUAGCUGCUCCUGCUGCCGCCGCUGCCCCCAGCGCUGGCCCUGCCGCCAUGGUUGAAGACGCUCCUGUCACAGCCGUCGACAUUGUCAGAACAUUGGUUGCACAGAAAUUGAAGAAGGGAUUAACGGAUGUCCCGCUUAACAAGGCUAUAAAAGAUUUGGUGGGAGGAAAAUCCACUUUGCAAAAUGAGAUUCUUGGUGAUUUGGGCAAGGAAUUCGGUUCGACCCCAGAAAAACCUGAAGAUACCCCAAUCGACGAAUUGGGUGCCUCCAUGCAGGCCACUUUCAACGGUCAGCUCGGCAAGCAGUCGUCGUCACUGAUGGCUCGUUUCGUUUCCUCGAAGAUGCCUGGUGGUUUCAACAUAACUGCAGUCCGAAAAUACCUAGAAACACGAUGGGGAUUGGGGCCUGGCAGACAGGAUGGCGCUCUGCUGCUUGCUUUGACUGCUGAACCAGCCUCUCGUCUCGGAUCUGACGCCGAUGCCAAGGCCUACCUGGAUGAUAUUGCGAACAAGUAUGCGGCACACGCUGGCAUCAGUCUCUCAUCACCUACCGCUGGUGGUGACAGCGGUGCUGGUGGAGGUGGUAUGAUGAUGGACCCGGCUGCCAUUGAUGCUUUAACCAAGGAUCAGCGUGCAUUGUUCAAGCAGCAAUUAGAAAUCAUUGCUCGUUACCUGAAAAUGGAUCUGCGCGGCGGUGACAAAGCUUUCAUCCAAUCUGCCGAGACUCAAAAGGCUCUUCAGUCCCAACUCGAUCUAUGGCAAGUCGAACAUGGCGAUGUCUAUGCAUCCGGCAUUGCCCCCUCAUUCGACCCAUUAAAGGCACGCAUAUACGAUUCUUCCUGGAAUUGGGCUCGACAGGACGCAUUGAGCAUGUACUAUGACAUCAUAUUUGGGAAACUCCGAGUCGUCGACCGGGAAAUUGUCAGCCAGUGCAUUCGCCUGAUGAAUCGUUCCAACCCGCUUCUCCUGGAUUUCAUGCAGUACCAUAUCGACAACUGCCCCACGGAAAGAGGAGAAACAUAUGAGCUUGCAAAGGAAUUGGGUGAACAGCUCAUCGAGAAUUGUAAAGAAGUCCUCAAUCAUGCUCCAGUUUACAAAGACGUCGCUAUCCCAACCGCUCCACAAACUACUAUCGACUCUCGCGGCAACAUUUCAUUCGAAGAAGUCCCGCGGGCUAGCGCUCGCAAACUGGAGCACUACGUUAAGCAAAUGGCUGAGGGUGGCCCCAUCUCGGAAUAUAGCAAUCGUACCAAGGUCCAGAAUGACCUUAAGAAUGUCUAUAAACUCAUUCGCAAGCAACACAGACUAUCCAAGUCUUCACAAUUGCAGUUCAAUGCUCUCUACAAGGAUCUUUUGCGCGCUUUGGCCAUGAACGAGAACCAAAUAAUGCCUCGGGAGAAUGGAUACGCAAAGCAAGGGAAGACCAACGGUACCUUGCGUCCAGGAAAAGUCGAGACCAUUCCUUUCCUUCAUCUCAAAAAGAAGGAUGAACACGGCUGGGACUACAGCAAGAAACUGACCGGAAUCUAUCUUGAUGGUUUGGCGACUGCUGCGCAGGAUGGUAUAACUUUCCAGGGAAAGAAUGCUCUCAUGACUGGCGCUGGCGCCGGAUCUAUUGGAGCGGACGUUCUGCAAGGCUUGAUCAGCGGUGGUGCCAAGGUUGUGGUUACCACAAGCCGCUUCUCUCGCGAAGUGACGGAAUACUACCAGAGCAUGUACGCCAGAUAUGGUGCCCGAGGAUCUCAACUCGUCGUUGUUCCCUUCAACCAAGGCAGCAAACAAGAUGUGGAAGCUCUUAUUGAAUACAUCUAUGAUACUGAUCCAAAGAAGGGCCUUGGCUGGGACCUGGACUAUAUUGUGCCAUUUGCUGCCAUUCCAGAAAAUGGUCGUGAAAUUGACAGCAUUGACUCGAAGUCUGAACUUGCUCACCGUAUUAUGCUGACGAACGUGCUGCGACUCCUUGGUUGCAUCAAGUCUCAGAAGGCAGAGCGUGGUUUUGAAACCCGACCUGCACAGGUCAUUCUACCUCUUUCCCCUAAUCACGGUACUUUCGGCAAUGAUGGUCUGUACUCAGAGUCUAAGUUGGCUUUGGAGACUUUGUUCAACCGAUGGCAUUCUGAGAGCUGGGCAAGCUACCUCACCAUCUGCGGUGCUGUCAUCGGUUGGACUCGUGGAACCGGUCUCAUGAGCGCCAAUAACAUGGUGGCCGAAGGUGUCGAAAAGUUGGGCGUCCGCACCUUCUCCCAACAGGAAAUGGCAUUCAACCUUCUGGGCCUCAUGGCUCCUGCUAUCGUCAAUCUCUGCCAAUCUGAGCCAGUCUUUGCAGAUCUCAACGGUGGUCUUCAAUUCAUUCCAGACCUCAAGGGUCUCAUGUCCCGGUUGCGCACUGAUAUCAUGGAAACCAGUGCCGUUCGCCAGGCUGUUAUCAAGGAAAAUGCCAUUGAGAACAAGGUCGUUAACGGGGAAGAUAGCGAGGCCCUUUACAAGAAGGUCGUUACGGAACCUCGUGCCAAUCUCAAAUACCCCUUCCCAGAGUUGCCUAGCUGGGACGACGAAGUCAAACCUCUUCACGAAGAGCUCAAGGGCAUGGUCAACCUCGAAAAGGUUGUCGUUGUCACCGGCUUUGCUGAGGUUGGCCCGUGGGGAAAUUCUCGAACCCGAUGGGAAAUGGAAGCAUAUGGCAAGUUCUCACUUGAAGGAUGUGUCGAAAUGGCUUGGAUGAUGGGUUUAAUCAAGAAUCACAACGGACCUCUUAAGGGCAAGCCUUAUUCUGGAUGGGUGGAUUCCAAGACCGGCGAUCCAGUUGAUGACAAGGACGUCAAGGCCAAGUAUGAGAAGUACAUUCUUGAACAUUCCGGCAUCCGUCUGGUUGAACCGGAGCUUUUCAAUGGCUACGAUCCAAACAGGAAACAACUCCUUCAGGAAGUUGUCAUCGAGGCGGAUUUGGAACCCUUUGAGACCUCAAAAGAGGUUGCCGAGGAGUUCAAACGUGAACAUGGCGAGAAGGCCGAGAUCUUCGAAAUUCCCGAUUCUGGCGAAUACACCGUUCGCAUCAAGAAGGGUGCAAACUUGAUGAUUCCUAAAGCCCUGCAAUUUGAUCGCCUGGUGGCAGGUCAAAUACCCGCUGGCUGGGAUGCGAAGAGAUAUGGUGUUCCGGAAGACAUUAUUGACCAGGUUGACCCCGUGACGCUCUAUGUCCUUGUCUGCACUGCAGAAGCGUUGCUUUCAUCUGGCAUCACCGACCCCUAUGAGUUCUACAAAUAUGUGCACUUAUCUGAGGUGGGUAACUGUAUUGGCUCUGGCGUGGGUGGUACUUCUGCAUUGAGGGGUAUGUACAAGGAUCGUUACCUUGACAAGCCUGUUCAGAAGGAUAUCUUGCAGGAAUCCUUCGUCAACACUAUGGCUGCUUGGGUCAACAUGCUUCUUUUGUCAUCCACAGGUCCUAUUAAGAGUCCUGUUGGUGCAUGUGCUACCUCUGUGGAAUCCUUGGACAUUGGUUAUGAUACAAUUGUCGAAGGCAAGGCCCGUAUCGUCUUCGUCGGUGGUUUUGAUGAUUUCCAAGAAGAAGGUUCUUACGAAUUCGCGAACAUGGGAGCAACCAGCAAUGCAAAGGAGGAAUUCAAGCGGGGACGUACACCCCAGGACAUGUCUCGCCCGACAUCGACCACUCGAAAUGGAUUCAUGGAAUCUCAAGGUUGCGGUAUGCAAGUCCUCAUGACGGCCCAGCUGGCUUUAGACAUGGGUGUUCCUAUCUAUGGUAUCAUUGCCAUGUCUAGCACCGCUACCGAUAAGAUCGGACGAUCAGUUCCUGCUCCUGGUCAAGGUGUGCUUACUGUGGCUCGCGAAAAUCCUGGAAAUUUUCCCUCUCCAUUACUUGAUAUCAAGUAUCGCCGACGCCAGUUGGAAUUGCGUCGCCGCCAAAUCAAGCAGUGGGAAGAAUCAGAACUGCUCUAUCUUCAGGAGGAGGCUGUGGCCUUGAAGAGCCAGAGCUCUGAGUCCUUCAAGAUCACAGACUACAUUCAGGAGCGAACUGAGCAUAUCUAUCGAGAAGCCGCUCGCCAAGAAAGAGAAGCUCAGAGCAGUCUGGGCAAUGACUUCUGGCGCCGCGACCCUCGCAUUGCACCAUUGCGUGGUUCACUGGCAACCUGGGGUCUUACGAUUGAUGAUCUCGAUGUUGCUUCAUUCCACGGAACGUCGACUGUGGCUAAUGAUAAGAACGAGUCUGAUGUUAUCUGCCAGCAGUUGAAACAUUUGGGCCGCAAGAAGGGCAAUGCUGUUCUGGGUAUUUUCCAGAAAUUCUUGACGGGUCACCCUAAGGGUGCUGCUGGUGCAUGGAUGAUGAACGGCUGUCUCCAGGUGCUCAACAGCGGUCUUGUUCCUGGAAAUCGCAAUGCCGACAAUGUGGACAAGGUUAUGGAGAAAUUCGACCUCAUUGUGUACCCAAGCCGAACAAUCAAGACCGACGGCAUCAAAGCCUUCUCUGUCACCUCGUUUGGUUUCGGUCAAAAGGGUGCCCAGGCUAUUGGUGUCCACCCCAAAUAUCUCUAUGCUACACUGGACAAGGCUCAGUUCGUCUCUUACAAGAAGAAAUUGGAAGCCCGUCAGAAGAAGGCAUACCGCUACUUCCACAACGGCAUGAUCAACAACACCCUCUUCCGUGCUAAGAACAAAGCUCCUUACGAAGAUAAACAGCAAAGCCAGGUGUUCCUUAAUCCCGACCACCGAGUCACAUUGAACGCGAAGACUGCCGAGUUCACCUAUCCUUCAGUUGCGCCCAAGGUAACCCCGGCUGCCGUCUCAACCGAUGACUCGGACAAGACACGCAAAAUCGUCGAGACAUUGGCUGCUGCCACUGCGGGUCCAAACUCACAGGUCGGUGUCGAUGUUGAGGAUAUCGAGGCUAUCAAUAUCGAGAACGACACAUUCAUUGGACGCAACUUCACUGAGCGGGAGCAAGCAUACUGUCGCAAAGCACCAGCACCACAAGCCUCGUUUGCCGGAAAGUGGAGCGCAAAGGAAGCGGUCUUCAAGUCACUUGGAGUUCAAUCCAGGGGAGCCGGGGCUCCAUUGAAAGAAAUCGAAAUUACUAACGAUGCCAACGGGGUGCCUGUUGUAACUCUUCACGGAGCGGCUGCCGAAGCAGCCAAGCGCGCUGGUGUAAAAUCCGUUAAUGUGAGCAUUAGCCACAGUGAUUCACAAGCAAUUGCAGUAGCUGUGUCGAAGCUGUGA